AUGAUUUUUACAAGUAGAGAAGCAGCUCCAAAACAACCGAAUUUUAGGAUAGGCAUAUAAUUUGAUUCAGUUGAAUGCCAAUAAGGAUUUGAAAACAAAAUUUAUGCUACUUUCAUUUUUACAAGUUAAGAACUGGCUAAAAUGGUUGAAAUUCCUAUGGAAAGCCCUCUUUUGUUUGAUGUUUUUAAAGAAGAUUACAAGCAAAAACUAGAAGUUGAAUUAUACGAAAACAAUACUUCGAUAGGUUAAAUAGGAUUGAGAUUUCCUGCUAGACCAGAUUAUAUUAAUGAAAUUCAAAUGGAAGAUAUAGUUAACGUAGAUGUAAAUGACCACAUCAUUAAGAUUAAAUAUAAAUUUAGUGUGCUCAACAAGCUUAUUUCUGCGCAAAAAGAAAACAAUUAUAAAAAAAGAUACAAUUCCAAUAACAAAAGAGAUAAUAGCUUUGAAAAGCAAUAGCAACACGAACGAAGUGGAUAAGAAUUACAAAAGAUGUCUUAACAUGAUAGAUCUGACAACAAGAAAAAAAAUACAUUUAACAAGGCUUAUAUGUCUGAAAAUUCAGAAAAUCUACCUCCAUUAAAGUGCUCGUUAAUUUAAAAUUUUAACUAAUAAAAUAAAUUAAGUGAAGGGAUGAAGCAAAAUUGCAAUUAUGAAAUGACUGAAUACUCAUAAAAGAUUUCAUUCGAAGAAACUAUAAACAAAAUUUUGUAAGAAAAUUCAUAAUAUACAAAUAUGAAUUACUUAAACACUAAUGAGUAGAAUUAAAAUUUCGACUAUAAAAAUUAAAAAAUAAGUCAGACUAUAAAUGCUUUUGAAACUAGUAGAGUAGAAGACUCAUAAUCAGAUAUAAAAAUUUAUUCUUUUCAGUAAAACAACUUAGAAAGUUAGUAGAACAAUGUAUUUAAUUCAGAUAAAUCUUACAGUUUUAGUUAAUAGACUACUGCUAACAAAAUUAACCCAAAAUAUAGCUAACAUACAAUAAUAGAAGCCUAUUCAGCAAAAAAAUUUGACUAAAAUUUAAUUUCAGCUGAAAAAAAAAGGCUCAAUUUUUAAGAAAGCCCUGGUAGAAAUCAAAAAAAUUUUUAAAAUUUAACACAUCACACAAAAUUAAUAUAUUCUCCAAGAUCAGAUAUCAAGUCUGCCAGAAAAAAUAAUAUAGAGUUUUCUUAGCUUAAUGUAAACCCUGCUAAUAAUCCUAGUAUAGGUCCAAUUGAUACUACUAGAACAUCCAAAUCAUAGGAAAUAUAAUGCAGAAGUCGAAGAAGUUUGAAUGAUAUAACAUCAGCUUCUAGGAACAAUAGAUUGGAAACAUAAAAUGAUAGCAUCUUAGAAAAGAAUAUUCCUAAUGCAUAAGGAAUGCUAAUAGAUACAUUAAGAUAACCAUAUGACAUUUCAUUGUGUGCAAAUAGCAAAGAUUUAGAUGAAUUUUCAUAAUCACAAGCUAUUGAAUAUCUUAAAAAUCUCACAGUUGCUUUGUAAUUAAGAGUUUAACAUUUGAAGCAUGUUGAAUCUGAAAAUAUUACACUGAAAGAAGAUUUCCACAAGCUCAAAAAUUUAAGAGAUUAAUGUUUGAAAACAUCUGAAAAUAUUUCAUAAGUAUCUCUUCAAGAAACGGUCAAAUUAUAGCAAGAACUGGAGGGAAUAAUUUAAAAUUCUAGAAAAUACUUAGAGUAGCUCAAGGAAAGCCGAUAAUAGAUUGAUGAAUUAAAAAGUUAACUGCAAAAUGAGUAAAAUGAAAAAAGAUAACUUAAUCAAAAAAUAAAUGAAUUAACAAGCUAAAUCUAGAUAUAAAGUGAAAAGGAAAAAUUAAGUCUUUAAAACAUUAACCUUGAGACAAUAUAAAACACCUCAACCUUAGACCAAUUAAAAACUAGAGAAUUAAAAGAGAUUUUGGAAAAAAUAAUUCGAGAAAAAAGUGAAAUAACUAAAGAAAAUUUGAGUAUAAAAAAUGAUAACAUAAAAUUGUAAUAGAGUUUAAUGGAGCUAAGAUUAAAAUAUGAAGAACUUGAUUUUAAAAACAAACAACUUUCUGAGUAGAUUAUCUUAAUGUCAAAUGGAGAAGAGGUAAAAGAAGGAUAAGAUAUUACCAAAGAUUAAUAAUACCAAGUUUAGAAAGAAAUAAAUAGAAGUCUGAUUUUAAGUAUAGAGCAACUUCAUGAAGAAAAGAAUACUAAAUAAAGAGAAUUUAACAAUUUAUCUUCUCAGUAUGAGGAGUAGAUUUUAUUUUUGUAGAAAAAUGUUUAAGAUAUGGAGGCCUAGCUGAGAGAGUUAAAUUAAACCAACCUUGAAUUACAAGCAAACAAUUUAGAACUGAGUCUAACUUUGAAGAAUAUAGAAUGCAUUUAAAAAUCAAAGCAAAUUUUUGAAGAAGAUCUUAGGAAAGAAAUUGAAAGAAAUUCAACUCUUUAUCUUUAAUUUUAGUCCAUCAAGCAAUCAAAUGAAGUCCUUUUCCAUAAAUUAGUAAGAGCAAAUGAGUAAAUUAAAUGCUCAUAAGACUAACUGACAAGCUUUAACGAAUAAAUUAAAACUUUAACUUAAUGCCAGGAAACAGCUGUUCAAUACUUAACAUAUCUUUCUUUUUUAAUUAAUGAUUCAUAUUCUCCAGAUUAAAAUGACCUUUUUGAUAAACUGUUAAAUGAACAAGUACGAUAAUCUAAAUUUAGUGCAUUAAUUUUCAUCAUUUUAAGAAAGCUUAAAAGCGGCUUGUAUUAAUUUGGUUCAUAAAAAAUAUAAGUGUAUAUAGAAGAAAAUAUAGUUAAAGUCAAAGGGCAAGACAGUGCAGUUAAGUAUUUUGAGAGAAACAUCAAUCCUGAAAUCUUAAAGUUGAUAUCUUCCCUUAAUGCUGAUAAAGAAAAGUAAUAUAACGAGCUAGUACUUGUGCUAAGCAAAUGGCUAGAAAAUAAGAAUUACUGA